AUGGACUGUUGGAUAGACAACCUGGAUAAAACAUCUACAGGACACAUCACCACAACAUCACGUGAUGGUUCUGAUGAUGACGACAAACGCAGUCGUCGAAACUGUCAAGUGCUGAAUACACGCCUCUAUGGACAUGCUGAAGAGACAAAAAGGCCUGUUGUGACCUUACAACCCAACUGGCCGAGGAUAUACGUAGGAGAGACGAUCGCUAUCAGAUGUGAGAUAAAGAACGGAGGAGGCACCGACUGGGAGUACGAAUGGAGAACAACCAGCUCGAUAAAACCUCCAAAUGAAAAUCCGUAUAACAUGAGUGCUCAGGUAUUUCACAAUGGACAGUACAGCUGUAUUGGCAGAAACAAAAGUAAACAGUCGUCAACAAAGUGGAGUGAUAACUUCAAAUUGACAGUCCAUGACGAUUCACCUCAGCCUGUCCUCACUGUGUCUCCAUUAUGGCUGAGUCCUGGAGCCACAGUAACUCUGAACUGUGAGGUUGAACGUGCAUCUGCAGGAUGGAGGUUCUACUGGUAUAAGGGCGUUCGCAAACAGUCAGAAAAUGUCUACACUUACAAGCAGCUACCUGUUAGCAUUAAUGGGACUAAAGAGGAUUCCUACAUUGUUGAUGGACAGACACGCACCACUAGAUAUUACUGUAGGGCUGGAAGAGGAGAUCCAGUGUAUUACACUAAGUAUAGUGGACGUAAGUUUGUCUGGUCUGGAGAGUUCAACCCAGCAGCGUCUCUCACAGUGACUCCUGACAGAGUGCAACACUUCUUCUCUCAGUCCAUCUCACUGAGCUGUGAGGGAAACGCCACCAAGUGGAAAGUGAUGAGAUAUACUGAAACAGGCCAGCUGUCACACUGCUCUGGCUGGGGAAGAAUGACUGGAUCCACAUGCAGCAUCCACAGCAUACAAUACGGUGAUGGAGUGUACUGGUGUGAGUCUGGAUCAGGAGAGUACAGCAACGCUGUCAAUAUUACUGGGUUGUUUGGUGUUUGCAUUCAUGUGAAUGCCCCUUGGCACACUCCACCCAUCCAAACACCACUGCUGAUCAACCUCAUCCCCUCAUGGCAACAGCACUCCACAAUGGAGAGACUGGUCUGA